AGAGAGAGAGAGAGAGAGAGAGAGAGAGUUCAAUGAAUCUGCUUCAGGAUCCCAGAUCACUGUCACGUGAUUUGAAACCACUUGCAGACGAAAAGAAAAAGGGAUAAUGAUCGAAUGGAAAAUAAUGGGUUUUGUGAGGAGGAGACAGAAGAUGAUGAAGCAGAAGAGUUGACUUGCCCCGAAAGAAAUGGCUUUCUCUCUCUCUCUCUCUCUCUCUCUCUCUCUCUCUCUCUCUCUCUCUCUCUCUCUCUCUCUGUUUGUGUUUUUUUCUAAUGAUUUCAGACGACAAGUCCUCUUUCAUUGAUUGAUCUCUUCCUUCACUUUCAAUGAAAACACGUUUCAUGAGAUUUCCGCUUUCCUCUUCUUCUUCUUCUUCUUCUUCUUCUUCUUCUUCUUCUUCUUUCUUCUUCUGUUUUGUUUCUUUCAGCGACAUUGGAGCUGAAUCAAACAUUAGGGUUUUCUUUCAGACAGGUUUUCUCAUUGUCGUUACAGAUAAAUGUGCUGUUUCAGAGAGAGGCUUUAUGGCCUCGCGGUAUCGAUUCUCUGUUCAUUCUCCAUCUUCGUCGCAUCACUAAACGAAGAGGGUCAUGUUCUUCUGGAGUUCAAAGCUUCACUCAACGACUCCAAUGGCUACCUCAGAAGCUGGAAACUUUCAGAUUCAGAUCCCUGCAAAUGGACAGGAAUAACGUGUACCGAUUCAAAUGUGACCUCUGUGAACGUCAAUGGCAUGAACUUAUCAGGAACACUGUCUCCUGUUGUCUGCAAGCUUCUGCGUUUGAAGGAGUUCAACGUUUCGACAAACUUUAUCUCCGGUCCCAUCCCACCAGGUCUGUCUUCAUGCCAGAGCCUGGAGAUUCUUGAUCUCUGCACUAACAGGUUCCAUGGAGAAAUACCCGUCGAGCUAUCGGUGAUCCAGACACUGUUAAAGCUGUAUAUAUGCGAGAAUUUCGUUUUCGGAUCGAUCCCCGAAGAGAUCGGGAGAUUGAGUGUGCUCCAAGAACUCGUGAUAUACAGCAACAAUCUCACUGGUCCGAUCCCGUCUUCGAUAGGGAAGAUGAAACAGCUCAGAGUUGUAAGGGCGGGUCGGAAUAUGUUGUCGGGGAAUAUUCCGUCCGGAAUCGGGGAAUGUGAGAGCUUACAGAUUCUUGGACUGGCAGAGAAUCUUCUCGAAGGUUCUCUUCCAUGGCAGCUUCAGAAUCUUCAGAAUCUCACUGAUCUGAUCCUUUGGAGAAACCGUUUAGCCGGUGAGAUUCCUCGUUCAGUCGGAAACAUCAGUAAUCUCGAGCUUCUCGCCCUGCACGAGAAUUACUUCACCGGUUCCAUUCCGAGAGAGCUCGGAAAGUUAACGAAGAUCCGAAAGCUGUAUAUAUACACGAAUCAGUUGAACGGCGAAAUACCUCGAGAGAUCGGGAACUUGACAAAUGCCGUCGAGAUAGAUUUCUCAGAGAAUCAGUUAACGGGUUUCAUCCCUAGCGAGUUUGGUCGGAUUUCUAACCUCCGGUUGCUUCAUCUCUUCGAAAACGCUCUCGAAGGAACGAUUCCGUGGGAGAUUUCGCAACUGAAGCUUCUGCAGAAGCUGGAUUUGUCUAUCAACAAGCUAAAUGGAACAAUCCCUCAAGAGAUUCAGUUCCUAACUUACCUUGUGGAUCUUCAGCUCUUCGACAACGAGCUCGAGGGCACGAUCCCUCCGUUCAUCGGAUACUAUAGCAACUUCUCUGUUCUUGACAUUUCCGCCAAUGCCUUUGUCGGAAAAAUCCCGGCCCAUCUCUGCAGAUUCCAGAAACUGAUACUUCUCAGCCUCGGAUCGAAUAAGUUAUCUGGAAACAUUCCUCCCGACUUGAAAACUUGUCAGUCCCUUACCAAGCUUAUGCUCGGAGAUAACGAGCUGUCGGAAAGCAUUCCCGUCGAGUUGUCGAACCUUCGGAACCUCACUGCACUGGAGCUUCAGCGGAACAAACUUUCGGGCGGAAUGCCUCGAGAGCUGGGAAAGCUCAAGAAUCUGGAAAGAUUGAAUCUUGCAAACAACUUUUUCGCCGGCGAGAUUCCUUCCGAGAUCGGGAAUCUCUCGCAGCUCGUCGGGUUUAACAUCUCCUCGAAUCAGCUCACGGGACGAAUCCCUCGAGAACUCGGUAACUGCAUUAAACUGCAGAGACUUGACCUCAGCGGAAACGAGUUUUCGGGGCAGGUACCGGAAGAGCUUGGCCAGCUGGUGAACCUGGAGAUUUUGAGGUUGUCUGAUAACAGAUUGUCCGGAGAAAUCCCUCACAGCUUCGGUGAUCUCACUCGGGUUACGGAACUGCAAAUCGGAGGCAACUUCUUGGUAGGAAACGUCCCUUCUGAGCUCGGGAAGCUAACUUCUCUGCAGAUUUCACUCAACCUCAGCCACAAUAAUCUCUCAGGCAAGAUUCCAGCAAGUUUAGGUAAUCUUCAGAUGUUAGAAACACUUUACCUUAACGAGAACGAGCUUUCGGGUGAGAUCCCUGCCUCCAUUGGCGACCUCAUCAGCCUCAUAAUCUGCAACAUUUCAGACAACAACUUAGUAGGUUUGGUUCCAGAUUCGCCAGUGUUCCAGCGGAUGGAUUCAUCGAACUUCGCCGGAAACUAUGGCUUGUGUAAUCCUCAGACUCACCAUUGCCAACCAGCUGGUAACCCUAAUUCUGUCUCCAAGCCAAACUGGUUACUGGAUGGCUCGCCGAGGCAAAAGCUUCUGAAACUCGCCUGCGUGAUUGUCGGGACGAUCUCGUUGUUCACUUUUCUCAGUAUCUGUUGGGCAACGAAGUGGCGGAAACCCGAGUUUAUCGCCCUCGAUGACCGAGCAAAACGGGAGGAUGUCAUAGAUAACUACUACUUCCCCAAGGAAGGAUUCACAUAUCAGGCUCUUCUAGAAGCUACCGAAAACUUCUCUGAGGCCGCGAUUAUUGGGCAAGGAGCUUGCGGAACGGUAUACAGAGCGGUAAUGGCGGACGGCGAAGUGAUAGCCGUGAAGAAGCUUAGCUCUCGUGGCGAGGGAGCGAGUUCCGACAAUAGUUUCAGGGCAGAAAUCUCGACGCUUGGAAAGAUCAGGCAUCGAAACAUUGUGAAGUUAUACGGAUUCUGCUACCACCAGAACUCAAAUCUUCUCUUGUAUGAGUACAUGGAGAAUGGUAGCCUCGGCGGAAAACUUCGGAAUGGCGAGAAAACCUGCUCGUUGGAUUGGAAUGCUCGAUACAGAAUCGCUCUCGGGGCCGCAGAAGGGUUAUGUUACCUUCAUCACGAUUGCAGACCUCAGAUCAUUCACCGCGACAUAAAAUCUAAUAACAUUCUUCUCGAUGAACUCCUCGAAGCUCACGUCGGAGAUUUCGGGCUCGCCAAGCUGAUUGAUCUCUCCUACACGAAAUCCAUGUCGGCGGUCGCAGGUUCUUACGGUUACAUAGCUCCAGAGUACGCUUACACGAUGAAAGUGACGGAGAAAUCCGACAUCUACAGCUUCGGAGUGGUGAUCUUGGAGCUGGUAACCGGUAAAUCACCUGUUCAGCCAUUGGAACAAGGAGGAGAUCUUGUCACUUGGGUCAGAAGAUCGAUCCGAAACAUGGUUCCGACAUCCGAAAUCUUCGACUCGAGGCUUCUCGACACGAAGAAUCGUAGAAAAAUCCAGGAGAUGUCGCUUCUUCUGAAGAUCGCGUUGUUCUGCACGAGCAAUUCACCCGUUAACAGGCCGACGAUGCGAGAAGUGGUCGCUAUGAUCAUCGAGGCUCGGGAAACGACAGAUUCGGAGGCGAAUCUUGAAGAAGAGACCUCGAAAAAAGAAAUCGACUCGGCUGCUUAGCCAUGAGGAAACCAUAAUACAGAUUCCAGACUAAGAACCAUUCAGACACGUUCCCUUUUAACUGUUCAGCUCCCAUGUCUGAGGAAUAUGAAAUCAGGCAAUUCUUGGUAGAAGCCGCUUCAUGAAGAGAGUCUCUUAAAGUUGUUUUCAAGAUCAACCCUUGUAACGGUUUGAACAGAUUUGACAAGUUAACCGGGAAAAUAACCGGAACAAAUUUCGGCUUAACCACGGAAAUAGUUUAUUCCGGUGUAUGAAUUGAAUCUCUGGUCAAUGUUAUCACAAGUAGAUUAAAGCGGUU